AGAUCUGAAAAUCCCAAUGUCAAAUGAGUUCUGUAAAAUUCUUAAUAACAGUAAAUCAAUAAAAGGACCCACCACAAGAUAUAUACUCCAAACAACAAAGCUAACUGAGCAAACGUUACUGAGAAAAGAAAGAAUUGGAGAAAAGGAUGAUACAAAACCUUGUAAGAUCAUACUGCUGGUUGGAGAAACAGGAACAGGAAAGACCACUCUCAUCAAUGCAAUGGUCAAUUACAUCAUGGGUGUCAGAUGGGAACACAGAAUUUGGCUGGAGAUCAGUGAUGUUCUUGAUGGGAAAUCUCAGACAGCAGCAGUCACAGUUUAUGAGAUUUUUGCACGAGACAGUCCAUUCUCCCUCACCAUUAUUGACACACCUGGAUUUGGUAACACACAGGGCCGUGAAAAAGACAAACUCAUCGCUGAAGCUUUACAGCAGUUGUUUAGAUCCAUAGAUGGGAUUCAUGAAAUUCAUACAGUGUGUCUUGUGCUAAAGGCAUCAGAGUCUCGACUCCAUGAGAGACAACGAUACAUUCAAGAUGAAAUUAUGUCAUUGUUUGGAAAGAAUUUAGAACAAAAUAUCAUUAUACUCCUCUCAAACUCUUAUGAAAAUGUCCCCCAAAAAAUGCUUCAUUUCAUUAAAGCAUCCAAAAUUCCAUGUGCAAAAACGAAAGAUGAUCAACCUGUUUAUUUUAAAUUUGAUAACUGUCAGAGUGAAUGUUAUGAUGAUGAAGACAGAGAGAGUUACAAAUCAUCAUGGGAUCAAGGAAUUGAAAACUUCAAGAAGUUCUUUGAUUAUGUAAAUGGGAUAAACCCGAUAAGUUUAAAUAUGACUGAGGAUGUGCUGAAAACCCGAAAGCAACUUGAUACCAGUGUCAAUAAUUUAAAGGAUCGAAUCAUGCUGGCAGAACUCAGAAAAACAGAACUUAAGCAAACAAAAGCAGCUUUGAUGAAAUGUGAAAAUUAUAGAGAGGAACAGAAUAACUUUCAAUAUGAAGUUGAUGAAGUCUAUAAAAAAGAGGUUUUAAUAAAUGCAUCAUGGUGGCACUUAAGCAAACAAGCAACUCGCUGCCUUGAAUGUAAAGAGAACUGUCACUAUCCAGGAUGCUGGUGGGUCAAAGAUCUCUCAUGGUGUAGUGCAAUGACAAAGGCUGGAAACUGCACAGUCUGCAGUAGAAAGUGUCACCACACUAAACACGUGAAAGAUGAAAAAAUAUAUAAAAUAAUGACACAAAAAGUCAGAAGAACACGUGAGGAUCUGAAAAAGAGAUAUGAAGAAGAAUUUGGAGAAAAACAGAGUUUGAUGUGCAGACUAGAGGAUGAGAUAACACAGAUGGAGGAAGAGAAGCUCAGGCUUGUUGAAGAGAGUUAUCAGUGUUUGAAGAAAUUGAUGGAAAAUGCAUUAAAAUCUACCAGCAUGUCCUGUUUCAUACAUCUGGAUUUCAUGAUUGAGAAAAUUAAAGAAACUGGAAAUCAAGAAAGAGUUCAGAAACUUGAGGAACUUAAAACAAGAGCUCUGGAGGAAAACAAUGAAACCAAUAAUUUUAUAAUCUAAUGAUUUGGAGGAUUAAAAUUUGAUUUCAAUCAUUGAGUUCACAUUGAUUUGAAUCUUUGACAUGACUUUACUAGGUCAAUAUUAAACAUAUUAAGGAUGUAUUUUUAUAGAAUGUUCUUUUCAUUAGCAUGGUUUUAUAUAGAAAACAGUGAAUCACACAAAAAAAAAACAUUUUGUUGGAUUUUCACAUUUAGGGUCACAUAUAUAUUCUGUGUGCAUAUCCAUCAGUUCAAUCUAAUAGUGAUAGGAUCAUGGUGUGUGUUUUUGAGAAUAUUGCUAAUUAUGGUUUUGUUUGUGCUUUUAGAAAAAAUGUGUAUAAAUAAUACAUUUAAAUACUAUUAAAAAUUAUAGUUCUGAGGUUCAGUGUUUUAACUACGGGUAAAUUGGAUAAUAGUGUGUGCAGUGUGCAAUCAGUAUAAACAAAAUGUUGG